AUGUCCUCAAAUGCUAGUGCAGUUAAACGUAUUCCAGAGGGAGAGCGAUGGGAGGACGGCCCUUGCAAAGUGUGCGAGUGCCGAGGGGCGCAGGUCACGUGCUACGAGCCUUCCUGCCCACCAUGUCCGGUGGCCACACUGGCCGUGGAGGUGAAGGGACAGUGCUGUCCCGACUGCACGUCAGUUCAUUGCCACCCAGACUGCUUGACCUGCUCUCACUCUCCAGACCACUGUGACCUCUGCCAGGAUCCCACGAAGUUGCUGCAGAAUGGGCGGUGUGUGCACAGCUGUGGCCUGGGAUUUUACCAGGCUGGCAGUCUCUGUUUAGCCUGCCAGCCUCAGUGCGCCUCGUGUUCCAGCGGGCUGGAGUGCACGUCCUGCCAGCCGCCCCUGCUGAUGCAGCGCGGGCAGUGUGUGUCCGCCUGUGGGGACGGCUUCUACCGAGAUCGCCGCUCCUGCGCAGUCUGCCACGAGUCCUGCGCAGGCUGCUGGGGCCCGACGGAGAAGCACUGCUUGGCCUGCAGAGACCCCCGCCAGGUGCUGCGGGACGGCGGCUGUGCGAGCAGCUGCGGCGAAGGCUUCUACAGCCGGCAGGGCGCCUGCAGCGCUUGCGACCACUCCUGCAAGAGCUGUGGGCCCAGCAGCCCCCGAUGUCUGACCUGUGCUGAGAAGAUGGUGUUGCACGACGGUUCGUGCGUUUCCGAAUGCCCUGGCGGGUACCACGCCGAUGCCGCCGGCAGGUGCAGAGCCUGCCAUGACUCGUGUGCCAGCUGCUCCGGGCCCACCGCCUCCCAAUGCUCAGCCUGUGCCGCCCCCCGCGCCCUGCACCGAGGCCGCUGUCUGCCCCACUGUGGAGAGGGCUUCUACCCUGACCACGGGGUCUGCAAAGCCUGCCAUUCCUCCUGCCUGGCCUGCGUGGGUCCUGAGCCCUCGCACUGCACCGCGUGUAGGAAGCCCGAGCAGGGGCUGCAAGUCCAGCAGCUGUCCGGGGCAGGGGCUCCCUCUGGAGCGUGUCUCUCCCAGUGUGCAGCCCAGUUUUACCUGGAGAGCACUGGGCUGUGUGCAGCUUGCCACCAGUCCUGCGUCAGGUGCGCAGGGAAGAGUCCGAAUAACUGUACGGCCUGCGGCCCUUCCCGUGUGCUGCUGGACGGGCGGUGCCUCUCCCAGUGUCCGGACGGCUACUUUAACCAGGAAGGCGGCUGCACAGAAUGUCACCCCACCUGCAGGCAGUGCCGUGGGCCGCUGGAGUCCGACUGCAUCUCCUGUCACCCUCACGUCUCUCUCAGCGGCGGGAACUGCAGGACCGGCUGCCGGGAAGAGCAGUUCCUCAGCCUCGUGGGACACUGUGCUGACUGCCAUCCUCUGUGCCGGCGCUGUGCCGCCAAUCUCCACGACGCCGGCAGCGUCUGCCUGCAGUGCCAGGAUGCCCGCCACCUGCUGCUCGGGGACCACUGCGUCCCCGCCUGCCCUUCAGGAUACUACGCAGAGAGGGGCGCUUGUAAAAGGUGCCACUCCUCCUGCAGAACCUGCCGAGGAAGAGGACCUUUCUCCUGCUCCUCGUGCGACGCCAGCCUCGUUCUGUCCCACAUCGGCACCUGCAGCAGCAGCUGCUUCCCUGGGCACUACCUCGACGACAACCGUGUCUGCCAGCCAUGCGACACGCACUGUAGAAGCUGCGACUCGCAGGCCAGCUGCACUUCCUGCCGAGAUCCCAGCAAGGUCCUGCUCUUCGGGGAAUGUCGGUAUGAGAGCUGCGCCCCGCAGCAUUAUCUCGACUUCUCCACCAACACGUGCAAAGAGUGUGACUGGAGUUGCAACGUGUGCAGCGGGCCCCUGAGGACAGACUGCCUGCAGUGCAUGGACAGCCACGCGCUCCAGGACGGGGCCUGCGUGGAGCAGUGCUCGGCCUCCUUCUACCGGGACGCGGGCCUCUGCAAAAGCUGUGGAAGCCACUGUCUCCAGUGCCGAGGUCCUCACGAGUGCACCCGCUGCGAAGAGCCGUUUCUGCUCGAGGGAGCCCGGUGUGUCCAGGAGUGUGGGAAGGGGCACUUCGCAGAUCACGCGAGGCACCGGUGCGCAGCCUGCCCUCGGGGAUGCUUGCAGUGCAGCCACAGGGACCGGUGUCACCUCUGUGACCAGGGCUUCUUUCUGAAGAGCGGCCUCUGCGUUCCCAGCUGCGUUCCUGGCUUCUCUGCCCACUCCUCCAAUGGAACGUGUGCUGGCGAAACACACACCCCCAGUCUUCACGUGAAUGGCUCCCUGACCCUCCCAAUCGGUUCGGUGAAGCCGCUGGACUUCUCCCUCCUGAACGUCCAGGACCAGGGGGGCAGGGUGGAAGACCUCCUGUUCCAUGUCGUGAGUGCUCCCACCAACGGGCAGCUGGUGCUCUCAAGAAACGGGAGAGAGGUCCAGCUGGACAAGGCUGGCCGUUUUAGCUGGAAAGAUGUGAAGGAGAAGAAAGUGCGUUUUGUGCACAGCAAGGAGAAACUCAGGAAAGGCUACUUUUUCCUGAAAAUUAGUGACCAGCAGUUCUUCUCUGAGCCACAGCUGAUCAACAUACAAGCAUUUUCAACACAGGCCCCCUAUGUGCUGAGAAAUGAGGUUCUCCACGUUAGCAGAGGAGAGACGGGAACCAUCACCACCCAGCUGCUCGAUAUCCGAGACGAUGACAACCCACAGGAUGUGGUCAUCCAAGUGCUCGAUCCUCCACGUCACGGCCAGUUGCUCCAAACCCUCCGGUCCCCCGCAGCCCCUGUCUAUCAGUUCCAGCUGGAGGAACUCUCCAGGGGCCUUCUCCACUACGCUCACGAUGGCUCAGACAGCACAUCCGAUGUUGCCGUCUUGCAGGCCAAUGAUGGACACUCCUUCCAAAAUAUACUGUUCCGCGUGAAGACCGUGCCCAAGAAUGACAGAGGUCUUCGGCUUAUGGCUGAUUCGAUGGUCUGGGUUCCAGAAGGGGGGAUGCUGCAGAUUACCAACAGAAUCCUGCAGGCCGAAGCCCCCGGUGCCAGCGCUGAAGAAAUCAUCUACAAGAUUACACAAGACCACCCUAAGUUUGGGGAGGUGGUCCUCCUGGUGGACAUGCCCGCUGACGGCCCCGCGGAGGAAGGGCAGCACCUGCCUGACGGGAGGACGGCCACCCCCGUCAGCAGCUUCACGCAGCAGGACGUCGACGAAGGUGUCGUCUGGUACAGGCACUCGGGAGCUCCCGCCCAGAGCGACUCCUUCCGCUUCCAGGUGUCCAGGGCCGCAGACGCCCAGACCCACCUGGAGAGCCGGAUGUUCAACAUCGCCAUCCUACCCCAGACGCCCGAAGCACCUAAGCUCUCUCUGGAAACCUCUCUCCACAUGACUGCACGAGAAGACAGCCUGACUGCCAUUCAGCCUCGUUCCCUCUCCUUUGUGAACUCCGAGAGGCCGAGUGGGAAGAUUGUGUACAAUAUCACGCUACCUCUGCACCCAAAUCAAGGGACCAUCGAGCACAGGGACCAGCCUCACUCUCCCAUCCGGUAUUUCACGCAGGAGGAUGUGAACCAGGGCAAAAUCAUGUACCGCCCUCCGCCUGCUGCCCCCCACCUCCAGGAGCUCACGGCCUUCUCCUUCGCAGGGCUCCCAGAGUCAGUGAAAUUCCACUUCACAGUUUCGGACGGACAGCACACAAGUCCAGAGACGGCCCUCACCAUUCAUUUGCUUCCCACUGACCGGCACCUGCCGACCUUCCACGUCACAGCUCCGCUGCUCGAGGUCAGCCCAGGAGGCAGCACUUCUGUAGGACUUCAGCUGGUGGGAAGAGAUGCCGAGAUAGCGCUUGAAGAGCUCUCCUUUGAGCUUCGGAAACCUCCCCGGCAUGGUGUGCUCCUCAGGUCCACGGCUGAGUUCCACAGGCCCAUGGCUGCAGGUGACACUUUCACCUACGAGGAUAUUGAGAAAAAUGCUCUGCAGUAUUUCCACGACGGCUCCUCGGCCCGGGAAGACGGUAUGGAGAUCUCCGUCACGGACGGCACCACGGUGACGGCGGUGGACGUGAGAGUGGAGGUGUCACUGCCAGAGAACCGGGGUCCUCGGCUGGCUGCGGGUUCUCCUCUCAGCAUUGCCGUUGCUAGUAGAAGAACAGCCGUGAUCACCAGGUCCCACCUCGCCUAUGUGGACGAUUCUUCCCCCGACGCGGAGAUCUGGAUUCGGUUAAGCUCUCUGCCUAUGUACGGCACUCUCUUAAGAACCUCGGGACCUGAGGUGGAAGAACUCUCGGAGCUUUCAAAUUUCACAAUGGAAGACAUCAACGAUGAGAAAAUUAGGUACUCGGCUGUGUUUGAAACGGAUGGUCACCUGGUCACGGACAGCUUCUCUUUCUCCGUCUCUGACGUGGACCACAACCGUCUGGACAAUCAGAUGUUCACCAUCAUCAUCACUCCUGUCGAAAAUCCACCGCCAGUCCUCGCCUUUGCUGACCUUAUCACGGUUGAUGAGGGAGGGAGAGCCCCGCUCUCAUUUCACCAUUUCUUUGCCACCGACGAUCAGGACAACCUCCAGGGAGACGCCGUCAUCAAACUGAGUGCCCUGCCCAGAUACGGCUGCAUCGAGAACGCGGGAACAGGUGAUCGUUUUGGCCCUGAAUCCACCGGUGACCCAGAGGCGUCGUUCCCUGUUCAAGACGUCCUGGAAAACUACAUUUACUACUUUCAGAGCGUUCACGAAAGCGUCGAGCCAACCCACGAUCUUUUUAGUUUUUAUGUGAGCGAUGGAGCCAGUCGUUCGGAAAUUCGCAGCAUCAAUAUCACCAUCGAGAGGAAGAACGAUGAGCCUCCCAGGAUGACCCUGCGGCCGCUCAGGGUGCAGCUGAGCGCGGGGGUGGUGAUGGGCAACUCCUCCCUGAGCCUGCAGGACCUGGACACCCCAGACAGCGAGCUGGUUUUUGUCUUGACCAAAAAACCCGACCACGGUAAUCUCAUCCGGAGGCAGACUGCCUCUGAGCCCCUGGAGAAUGGGACCGUUUUAGCCCACGGCUCCUCCUUCACCUACGAGGACGUCCUGGCCGGGCUGGUCGGGUACACGCCUGGUGACCCCGGUGCAGGGGUGGACGAGUUCCGGUUCUCGCUCACCGACGGCCUCCACGUGGACUCGGGGAGGAUGGAGGUCCACAUAGAGCUACCCACCGGUGACACGCCCUACGUGGCUGUAAACCGAGGCCUGCAGCUCUCAGCAGGGUCUGCAGCGCGCAUCACUGAACAGCUCCUGAAAGUGACAGGUACCGACUCAGGUGACCGUGAGGUCACGUACGUCGUGAGGGAAGAUCCCGGUGCAGGCCGCCUGCGGAUGGUUGAGCCCGACAACCCGCAGCAGAUCUCGGUUAAGGGCCCUGUCCGAAGUUUCACCCAGACGGACAUCCGCCAAGGGCGGGUGGAAUAUAGUCACAGAACAGGGGAACCUGGUGGGAGCUUUGCUUUCAGAUUUGACGUGGUUGAUGGAGGAGGCAAGAGACUGAUCGACCAGUCAUUUGCCAUCAGCGUCUUAGAAGACAAAUCCCCACCAGUCAUCGUCACCAAUAAAGGGCUGGUCUUGGAGGAGAACUCAGUGAAGAAAAUCACCACUCUGCAGCUGUCUGCCACGGACCAGGACAGCGGGCCUGAAGGACUCACCUACAGAAUCACCAGGCAGCCCCAGCUGGGCCACCUGGAACACGCGGCAUCGCCAGGUGUCCGGAUCAGCUCCUUCACUCAAGCCGACCUGACUUCCCGGAACGUGCAGUAUGUCCACUCCAGCGAGACCGAGAAACACGCGGACGCCUUCGGCUUCACCCUGUCUGACGGAGUCAGUGAGGUGACUCAGACGUUCCGCAUCACAAUUCAGCCCGUGGAUGACUCGCUGCCCGUCGUACAGCGCGCAGGCCUGCGGGUGCAGGAGGGCGUGAGGAAGACCCUCACGGAGUUCGAGCUCAAGGCGGUGGACGCGGACACUGAGGCCGAGUCCGUCACGUUCACCGUCGUGCAGCCGCCGCGCCAUGGCUCCAUCGAGCGGACCACCGACGGGCAGCGUUUCCGCCCUGCCCCCACCUUCACCAUGGACGACGUCUACCAGAAGCGGGUCAGCUACAGCCACGGCGGCGGCAGCUCCCACGGAGACUGGUUCACCUUCACGGUCUCCGACGGGACGAACCCCUUCUUCAUCAUCGAGGAAGGCGGGAAGGAGGUGAGGGGGAGGCCGUGCACGCCGGGGGCAGAACACGGGUUUUCACAUCCAGCACAGCAUGGUUUGAGUCCUUGUUUUAUCACUUUCUAGUAGAUCGGUCUGGGGCAAAUUACUUUUCUAAGCCUCAGUUUUUCAGCUGCAACCAACUUGAUCACCAAGAAAGAACUGCUGACCACGGACGCAGACACCGAGGACCCACAGCUCGUCUACGAGAUCACGGCAGGCCCCGCGCACGGCCGCGUGGAGCACAAGCUGCAGCCGGGCAGAGCAGCCGCCACGUUCACCCAGGAGGAUGUGAACUCGGGGCUGAUUCGCUACGUGUUGCGCGAGGAGAAGGUCCCCGAGAUGAUGGACAGUUUCCAGUUUCUGGUGAAGGACGGCAAACCCAACGUGGUCGGCGACAACGUCUUCCACAUCCAGUGGUCCCUCAUCAGCUUUAAAUACACCAGUUACAAUGUCAGCGAGAAGGCGGGGUCCGUCAGCGUCACCGUGCAGAGGACCGGGAACCUGCACCAGUACGCCAUCGUGCUGUGCCGCACCGAGCAGGGCACCGCCAGCUCCAGCUCCGGGGUCGGCUCCCAGCCCGGACGGCAGGACUACGUGGAAUACGCCGGCCAGGUGCAGUUUGAUGAGCGGGAGGACACCAAGUCCUGCACCAUCGUCAUCAACGAUGACGAUGUGUUCGAGGGCCCUGAGAGCUUCACCGUGGAGCUCAGCAUGCCAGCGUACGCCCUGCUGGGGGAGUUCACCCAGGCGAAGGUCGUCAUCAGUGACAGCGAGGACGAGCCCACCCUAGAGUUUGACAGGAAGACCUACAGGGUCAACGAGAGCGCCGGUUUUCUGUACGCACCUGUUGAAAGAAAAGGAGAUACGAGCAGCACGGUGUCUGCGGUUUGCUACACGGUUCCAAAGUCGGCGAUGGGGAGUAGCCUCUACGCUCUAGAAUCAGGCUCUGAUUUUAAAUCUAGGGGGGUGUCUGCCGAGAGUCGUGUCACAUUCGGGCCUGGCGUCACCGUGUCCACCUGCGACGUCAUGCUCAUCGACGACAGCGAGUACGAAGAGGAAGAGGAGUUCGAGAUUGCCCUGGCACACGCUUCCGACAACGCCCGCAUCGGAAGGGUGGCAACAGCCACAGUGCUCAUUAGCGGCCCCAACGAUGCCUCCACCGUGUCCCUGGGCGACACGGCCUUCACGGUCAGUGAGGACGCAGGUACAGUGAAGAUUCCGGUUAUCCGCCACGGUACCGACCUGUCCACCUUCACGUCCGUCUGGUGUGCGACGCGGCCCUCGGACCCAGCUUCUGCCACUCCAGGAGUCGACUACGUUCCCAGCUCCCGGAAGGUGGAAUUUGGGCCUGGAGUCACGGAACAGUACUGCGCCUUGACCGUUCUGGACGACACUCAGUACCCGGUCAUCGAAGGGCUGGAGACGUUCGUGGUUUUCCUCAGCUCAGCACAAGGGGCCGAACUGACCAAGCCCUUCCAGGCUGUCGUCGCCAUUAACGACACGUUCCAAGAUGCGCCCACCAUUGAAUUCGAAGAAGCUGCGUACCAAGUUCGGGAACCUGCCGGGCCGGAUGCGGUCGCAGUUCUCAACAUCAAGGUGAUCCGCAGAGGGGAUCAGAACAGGACCUCCAAGAUCCGCUGCAGCACGCGGGACGGGUCUGCCCAGUCCGGCGUGGAUUAUUACCCAAAGAGCCGGGUCUUGAAGUUCAGUCCUGGUGUGGACCACGUCUUCUUUAAAGUGGAGAUCCUGUCCAACGAGGACCGGGAAUGGCAUGAGUCUUUCUCUCUGGUCCUUGGCCCGGACGACCCCGUGGAGGCGGUUCUCGGGGAUGUGACCACAGCCACCGUGACAAUCCUGGACCAGGAGGCCGCGGGGAGCCUCAUACUGCCAGCUCCGCCCGUGGUGGUCACACUUGCUGACUAUGACCACGUGGAAGAGGCCACCAAGGAAGGAGCCAGGAAGGCCCCCUCCCCAGGCUACCCGCUGGUCUGCGUCACGCCCUGUGACCCUCACUUCCCCAGGUACGCCGUCACCAAGGAGCGCUGCCGCGAGGCCGGCAUCAACCAGACGUCCGUGCAGUUCAGCUGGGAGGUGGCUGCCCCCACCGACGGUAACGGGGCCCGAUCUCCCUUUGAAACCGUCACCGACAACACACCGUUCACCAGCGUCAGCCACAUGUCCAGAGGCUUCCAGGCCCAGUCCUUCAUCGCCACCUUGAAAUACCUGGACGUCAAGCACAAGGAGCAUCCGAACAGAAUCCACAUUUCGGUGCAGAUCCCACACCAGGAUGGAAUGCUGCCCCUCGUCUCCACCCUGCCGCUGCACAACCUGCAUUUUCUGUUGUCCGAGUCCAUCUACAGGCACCAGCACGUCUGUUCCAACUUAGUCACCACCCACGACCUGAGAGGCAUCUCGGAGGCAGGGUUCCUGGACGACAUGGCCCAGGACAGCACCGCCCUGGGGCCCGGCUACGACCGUCCCUUCCAGUUCGACCCCAGCGUGCGGGAGCCCAAGACCAUCCAGCUCUACAAACACCUGAACCUGAAGAGCUGCGUGUGGACCUUCGACGCCUACUACGACAUGACCGAGCUGAUCGACGUCUGCGGGGGCUCCGUGACCGCCGACUUCCAGGUGAGAGACUCCGCCCAGUCCUUCCUGACGGUGCACGUGCCUCUCUACGUGUCCUACAUCUACGUGACGGCCCCCAGGGGCUGGGCCUCCUUGGAGCAUCACACAGAGAUGGAGUUUUCCUUCUUCUACGACACUGUGCUCUGGAGGACAGGAAUCCAGACGGACAGCGUGCUCUCCGCAAGGCUUCAGAUCAUCAGGAUCUACAUCCGGGAGGACGGCCGUCUCGUCAUCGAAUUCAAGACACACGCUAAGUUCAGAGGACAGUUCGUCAUGGAGCACCACACGCUCCCCGACGUGAGGUCUUUCAUCCUGACCCCCGACCACCUGGGAGGAAUCGAGUUUGACCUGCAGCUCCUCUGGAGUGCUCAGACCUUCGAUUCUCCAUACCAGCUCUGGAGAGCCACGAGCUCUUAUAACAGGAAGGACUACUCGGGAGAGUACAGCAUCUACCUGAUCCCCUGCACGGCGCAGCCCACGCAGCCGUGGGUCGACCCAGGAGAGAAGCCUCUGGCCUGCACCGCACACGCCGCGGAGAGAGCCUCCGCGUAUCCCCCAGCCAGACACACGGACUUAGCGCCACGUCAAAUCCUUUAUGGCCGAGUGCUGUGGAGCCCAGAGCAAAACCUCCAUUCUGCCUACAGGCUGCAGCUGGAGAAGGUCUACCUCUGCACCGGCAGGGACGGCUACGUGCCUUUCUUUGAUCCCACGGGCACGAUCUACGACGAGGGGCCCCAGUACGGGUGCAUUCAGCCCAACAGACACCUGAAACACCGGUUCCUGCUGCUGGACCGCAGUCAGCCGGAGGUAACGGAUAAGUUCUUCCAUGACGUGCCUUUUGAGGCUCACUUUGCUUCCGAGUUGCCUGAUUUCCAGGUGGUCAGCAGCAUGCCAGGCGUGGAUGGAUUUACUCUGAAAGUAGACGCGCUCUAUAAGGUGGAAGCGGGACACCAGUGGUACCUCCAGGUGAUUUACGUCAUCGGCCCCGACACCGUCUCGGGGCCCCGGGUCCAGCGUUCUCUCACAGCCCCCCUGAGGCGCAGCCGGAGGGACCUGGUGGACCCUAGCGGCCGGCUGACCCUUGACGACUCCCUCAUCUAUGACAACGAAGGCGACCAAGUCAAGAACGGCACCAACAUGAAGUCCCUGAAUCUGGAGACGCUAGAGCCAGCGGUCGCUGCGUCUCUGUCCCAGACCGGGGCAUCUGUUGGCAGCGCCCUGGCUGCUAUCAUGCUCCUGCUGUUGGUGUUUUUGGUGGCUUGUUUCGUGACCAGGAAGUGCCAGAAACAGAGGAAGAAACGGCCCACAGAGGACGUUUUGGAGGAAUAUCCUCUGAAUACCAAGGUGACCGUGCCCAAGAGGAACGCGGACCGGCUGGAGAAGAACGUGAGCAGACAGUUCUGCACCGUGCGGAACGUCAACAUCCUGAGCGAGACCGAGGGCACAUAUGCGUUCAAAGGCGCUAAAGUGAAGAAAUUGAAUCUGGAGGUCAGAGUUCACAACAAUUUGCAAGACGGGACAGAGGUCUAA